AUGAGUUCCUAUUUCGUCAAUUCAACUUUCCCCGUGUCUCUGCCGGGAGCACAGGACUCCCUCCUGGGCCAGAUCCCGCUCUACUCCUCCGGAUACACGGACCCGCUGCGGCACUACUCCGGCGCGGGCCCGUAUGGAGCCGCGGGCGGCGUGCAGGAGAAGCUCUACCCGGCGGCGCGGGGGGGGGGGGUCCUGUACGGGCGCGCGGCCGGGGGCGCGCCGCCGCCGCCCUGCGACUACAGCGGAACCGGCACCGGCACCCCGGUGGUGGGGACUUUCUACAAGGACGCCGACGGCUCGUGCGCCUUCGCGAGCCGCGAGGACCAGCCGCAACAGUCGCUGUUUUUGGCGCAACAGCAGCAGCAGCACGAGCACGCGGCGCGCGCCAAAGCGGAGCGCGCGGAGCCGCCGCUCGGCGCGAGCCUGGACGACAAGGCGUCCGCGCUCAUCUACCCCUGGAUGCAGAGGAUGAACGCCUGCUCCGCCGGUGAGUUCAAAGCUCAAAGCCGCCGCCGAACGCGCGCGUGCGGGGAGCCUGGAGCAGGUCGCGUGCAGGCUAACCCCCCCACACCCCCUCCACACCCCCUCAGUUCCCCAGAUUUAAUCAGAUCCACAGACACAAAGCGCUCAUCUAAUAAUCAGACCACGGAAGUUGUGAUUACUAGGACUGCGUGCCAUUCCGUGCGCGUGGAUCUCCGUGACACUCUGUCAUCGUCAUAUACAGUGACUUACACGCACGCGCGUGCCCGGCAACGCACGCACGGAGAAUCGGGCCUCCACCCCCCCCCAUGA